AUGAGUCGUAAUCAAAACCGGAAGGGGGGCGGCCGCAAGCGUGGUCGCCACGACGACACGUGGGCGGCAGAUGCGCGUGACGCAAACACGCUGUCAAACGCCGCAUUUGACCAAUACUACAAGAACAACGUGGUGAAUGCAGCAGAAUGGGAAACAUUCAUAGAUGCGCUACGGCGUGCGUUGCCGAUGGCCCUCCGUGUUCACCCGUCUGCGCCACAUGCUGACACGAUUGUGGAGCACCUGCAGGCCCGCUUGAAUGGCGUGCUACCGACAGCGCGCAUUCCUUUUGUACCGGGCGGCACAGCGUUGCAAUGCGCUGUGUCUCGUGGUGACCUCAAGCGCAGCACCGAGCUGAAGGACCUCAAGAAGAGGAUCGCCGCAUUGAAUGAAGGCGGCUACCUUACACGCCAGGAGACAGUGAGUAUGAUACCAGCGGUGCUGCUGCAGGUGCGUCCGGGUCAUCGCGUACUCGACAUGUGUGCCGCCCCUGGGAGCAAAACGUCACAGAUAUUGGAGGCGCUGAUCCCUUCCAUGGAGGAUGGUGUGGUGGUGGCGAAUGAUGUCAAUAUGUCUCGACUUGAUGUGCUUCUGCACCAGACAAACCGUUCGGCUGGUGCUCAUCCACACUUGAUCGUGACAAACCACGACGCGACACAGUUCCCACUCCUGCCACAGGAGGACAAGUUCGACCGUGUGCUGUGUGACGUGAUGUGCUCUGGCGAUGGCACCUUAAGGAAGUCUAUGGACAUGUGGCCACGCUGGAACACACUGCAGGGUGCUGAUCUGCACUUGUCGCAGGUGCGUGUACUGACACGGGGAAUGAUGCUGUGCAAGCAGGGUGGUGUCGUCGUAUACUCUACCUGCAGCUUGAAUCCUGUGGAAGACGAGGCUGUCGUAUCUGAGUGUCUCGCCCAGGCAAAGGGCGCAUUUCGGCUCAUUGAUCCAACACCGUUCGUCCCAGGCCUCGUGGCAGCGCCGGGCCAGAUUGAUUGGUCGCUCUUAACUAAAGAUCUCACAACGCGGCUGCAGACCAUCGAAGAGGCGCAAGCGUACACCGAGGCGCAAAAUGGACGUGGAUUCCGCUACCACUCUUCUAUGUUUCCAAACAGUGAGCGCCUUAAGCAGCAGGAAAUACGCCACACUCGCCGCAUCUUGCCACACCACCAGGACACAGGGGGAUUCUUUGUUGCAGUGAUGGAGUGCCUCGAGGAAUACCCUGCAGCUACUGCUGCUCCAGCAUCCUACCCGAAGGGUGAGACGUUUAAGCCGCUCUCACCGGCUUUACAGACGGAGGUACGUGGUGCGUUGAGUCUCCCGCAGGAGUUCCCUAUGGAUCAGCUCUUCGUUCGAAAUGAGACGGCGCGGGAGCAGAAGGUGUACUUCGUAAACAAGGCAGUCUGCGCACUACUUCCGAAACUAGGCUCACGCGUUGUGCAUGCAGGGUCCAAGGUGUUUGAGUCCUAUGCAAAGUACAGUAACGACAAGCUUCGUUUCUGUGCGGAGGGUGUAGGCUCGCUUAAGUCUCUUCUACCUUCUUCGUUUGUGGUGGAGGUGAGCCCGGAGCUGCUACUCCAACUCAGCCGCAGCAAGUUGGAGGAGUCAUUGCUUCCACCUCUCCCACCGCACCACAGCUUUCUGCUCAUGUGCAACAUGACCAUUGUGGGACCCAUCCACAUUGCGGCGGAGCGGGCGCGGACGGGCCAUAUUUCUGCAAAGUUAGCGGAGUGGCAAGUGACGCUCGCGAAGUUGACGCUGGGGCAGCCGAUUGUGGAGUGCAGUGCGGCGGAGACCACUGCCGAGGCGAGUCCUCAAGGUGACAGCAACGAUAACGGUGACGUUGACGGCAACGGUGCCAGCGGCACCAGCGCGGAGGACGUUUAG